GACAUGUCGGUCCCCAGAUGUUGAAUAAAAACAAGUUUGAUUCCUUCAACAAAGAGUUAUCAUUGUUUCCUGGUUUCUCUCUCUCUCGCUCCUGUCAUAAUUAUCUUCCCUGGUGGUUCUUAAUCAAUCGAGAAUGAUCGGCAUCAUCACUCUAUGAUUCGGCGCAACUAGCUGACCAUCGGUAAAUAGCGAUGGACGAAUAUAAACACGUACAGGUGAAAAGAGAGAUGAGAAAUUUGUGUGCGUAAUCGGUGAAAGUCGUGGAUUUUUUUUCAACCGGUGCUCAUGUUCUAGACUUUUUACGAGUGCUUCGAACGUUUAAAAGACGUUGAACUGUGGUUUCAGUGGGACAUAACAAUUUUCAGUGAAUUCUUUCGGUAUUUUAAAUGCUCGAGGUAUUUGUUCCUCUGGGAAAAAUUGCGUUUUCGGUGGCUUGAGAAGUCUCUGUUGUUUAUUUAUUUCUUCAAGUUUCUGGAGGUUUAUGAGGGCUUUCCAAGAGGGAGAAUGUUCUCCGCAGUGUCCGAUGUCUUAAAAAAUUUUGAGGAGAUUAUUGUUGACCACAUUGACGUAGAUUUUACACUAUGGCUCUCGUGGUUACUUAUGCCCCUGCUAGUCACGUUUUUAUUACCUGUUGUUAUUCUCCUACUUCUGUACAUGACUGCGUUAAUUUUCUACAUUUACAAAUUGCAUAGAAAACGAUUAAGAGAAGCUUAUGGCAAAGACUGGAAAUCUGCAGCGAGAAGUGUUGUUGCUGCAAUAUGGGAUGUGCAUGGAUAUAUUUAUUAUGGAUACGAAGUUGUUGGAAUCGAGAACAUUCCAAUGGACUCGCCAGUAUUAUUCAUCUACUAUCACGGCGCACUGCCCAUAGAUCUCUACUACUUCAUAGCGAAAAUUGUUUUACUCAACUCAAAAGUCAUUCACACAGUGGCGGAUAAUUUUUUCUUCAAAGUCCCCGGUUUUUCCAUCAUCUGUCAUGUCAUGAAAAUGAUACCAGGUACGAUUCAGACGUGCUCGGCUAUACUGAGAGAGGGAAAUAUGCUGGCAAUAUCUCCUGGGGGAGUGUACGAGGCCCAGUUCGGUGAUUCCUACUAUCAAUUAUUGUGGAAGAAUAGGCUGGGCUUCGCCAAGGUCGCACUCGAUGCUAAAGUGUGUAUCGUUCCAAUAUUUACUAAAAAUGUGCGAGAGGCAUUUAGAUCCAUGAGUUGGGGUCGACGAAUUUUCCUGAGGAUGUACGCAGCCACGAAAAUUCCAUUUGCUCCAUUAUACGGCGGCUUCCCUGUUAAACUUAAAACGUUUAUUGGUAAACCGAUGCCCUACGAUAGUAGUCUAACGCCGGAACAAUUAAGGGACAAUGUGGCGAAGGCUCUCGAGGACCUCAUCAAGGAGCACCAGAGAGUCCCUGGAAGCAUAAUGAGGGCUUUAAUUGAGAGGUUCUAUGAUCCCUCGAGCUCGAAAGAGCAUCACUCGUAGUUUUGAAUAGUAGUAAUUCCAGUGGAUGAUCAAUUCUCUUCGGAAUUAAAUCAUUUUCCAUCAGUACUAUUGCAUGAAAGACGAACUUGUCAUUUAGGUUAGUCUUCAGGAAUUUAUGUGGAUUAUUUUUUCGCUAUUUUUUACUUUUUACUGAUAUCCAUUUGAUGAAGUCCUUGCCUUCCUUAUCGAAUCUCAGCGACUUAAUCUUUAAUUAGUGCGUUAUUACACAGUAUCAAGAGAACACAUUAGAUCAAAUUUGGGAGAUUCAAUUGAUUGCAUGAGGAUGAUUAAUUUACUUCAUGAAUCAGAUGAUAAUGAUUCUUCUUUGGGAAUUUCUAUAAAUUUUGUUGAAUUUCUUGAUGAAUUUCACAGUUGUCUAGACUUGUAUAGGCUGUAUAGUUGUAUAGACAUGUUUUUCAGCUGAUGAAAUUCCUCAUGAAAAAUAUCGACAACCUCCAAUUAUCAUCUAUCGAUUUCUGGUUUAACCAAUUAAUAAUAGCUGGAAAUUCUCAAACCUAUUUAUUAAAGACAGAAUGAUUGAGUUGCAAUUCAGUAAUUUCGAAUUACAUUCCUCAGUCGCUGAAAAAUGAAUUCCACUAUUAGUAAUUCAUUUAAUGAAAAGAGAGAUUAAGAAAUAAAUUAUUGAUAAGUAGUGAAGUCGCACAAAAGUCAGAAGAGAAUUUUGCUUGAUGCAAUGAGUAUUUCCAUAAUUCUGUAAUGUUUUCAGUAUCGGCAAUGAUCUUAAGAAAAAUGAAGUAUACAUCUGUGUUUUACACAAUCUAGUAAUAAUAUAAUGCUCAGAUUCUGAAUGAAUAGAAAAAUUUAUUUAUUUAUUUUAUACAUCGGUGGUUUUUGUUUAAUUAUAACAUUCUAUUGUUGGGAAUAAAAUCAUUCUCAUCUUUUCCUUAAA